AAGAUGCAGGCAGAGUCUCUUCUACACAGUGGCUACUUUCAUCCAGUGCUUCGCUCUUGGCAAACCAGUGCCACAGUCUUCGACAGCAGCAAUCUCAUUUACCCAAUUUUUGUAACUGACAGUCCCGAUGCAGUUGAACCCAUUAACAGUCUUCCUGGACAGGCCAGGUAAGGAACACUUACUGUGUAUUCUGUGAUCGUUCUCAACUUAAAUACUGUGCAAUUCUCAGCACUUUCCUUACAACUGAAGUGUUCAAAAUUAUACCAGAAGAAUAAGCCCGUCUUCGUAGUGUGCCUUCCUGAAGAGAACUACCCAGUUGUUGCCUGCUUUCCUGAAACAGCAAUAAGAGAUGCUGCUUUUUUUAACAUGACCAAAGCAGAACAAGAUUCUUUACUAACAUUAAAGAGAAACACUAACAUUAUUGUUAAACCAGCAGAUAAGGGAGGAGCUGUAGUCAUAAUGAAUUCCUCAGACUAUGGUCUCACUAUGACUAAUCUUUUAUCAGAAGAUACUGCAUAUGAGAAGAUUAGUACUAUAAUAUAUCAGAAGAUUAUUAAAACUGUACAUGCUGAUCUUUAUGAUCUUUUGUUAGGGGGACAGAUCAGCUGUGAACUGUAUGAAUAUUUUUUCAUAGAAUUUCCCACCACCCCCCUGAUUAAAGGCCUACCUAAGAUACACAAGGGCCUUACACCUAUACCAAUGAGACCUAUAGUCUCUAGUGACAAUUGGGUAACAUGUACCAUCUCCUCUUUUGUAGAGAGUAUCCUUAGACCAUUAGUGGACCGUAUUCCACAUAUUCUCAAUGAUUCAUACCAACUAAUAGAUUCCAUAAAAGAUCUUGAGCUCAGUAGUAAGGAGAUACCAUUGUUACUAGUGACAAUGGAUGUUAAAAAUCUUUUUACUUGUAUCCCCAAUGACCAGGGGCUUCAAGCGAUAGAUGAGGAUGAACAAGGUUCUUCAGCUGAUGCUGAAAAUGCUCCUGUUAUCCAAGCUGUCCAGAAAAUCUGCUCCAUCUUUCCAUCACUACUGAUUGCAUGUGAUUUAUGCCUGUGUGCCUAUACAUCUCAUGGACAUUGUGGCUGCCAUAUUAUAGCACCUUCAGAUAUGAUGGAUGGCCGAAUCGGUGCCAUAAAACAGGCUAUCAUUUCCAAUGACUUGGGGAACAAGGUCUCUGUGAUGAGCUAUAGUGCAAAGUUUGCAUCUUGUUUUUAUGGACCUUUCAGGGAUGCUGCACAGUCCAAGCCAGCAUUUGGAGACAGACGCUGCUAUCAGCUCCCACCUGGUGCCAGAGGUCUAGCCCUCAGAGCAGUGAAUCGGGAUGUUAAAGAAGGAGCUGACAUGCUGAUGGUGAAGCCUGGCAUGCCUUAUUUGGACAUUAUUAGAGAAGUGAAAGAAAAUCACCCAACACAUCCGUUAGCUGUGUACCAUGUUUCGGGAGAGUAUGCCAUGUUAUGGCAUGGAGCACAAGCUGGUGCAUUCGAUCUUCAUGCUGCUGUUAUGGAGUCCAUGACCAGCUUUAGGAGAGCAGGUGCAGACAUCAUUAUUACGUACUUUGUACCGCAGCUUCUUAAGUGGCUGAAGGAAGCAUGAAUGAGUAGCACCAUGAAACCACUGAAUCCACGCAGCUGGACUUGGAGAGCUUUGCCCACAUCUAUCUGCUUUACAGAUUUCAGAAACAGUUUAAUGUUAUGAUUGACCUCAGACAUGCAUUAUAAUACACACACUACUCUUAAGCUAUAUGAAUGAGAUUUGCUGCUGUUUCCUAAAAUACCUGGGACAUGCAGAUCUGUUGAUUUUUUGCUGUCAAUUUAUCCGUUUUAAGUCACUGUAACCUAUUGUACACUAGAACUAAGUGUUUCUAGGACUGAGAGGAAAAAAAUGUACAGUGUAAAUCUGAGAAAGUGUUUAAAACACUAACUUCAUUGUAACCCUGAAAUUCUAAUGCCGUACUGAACUCGGUGAAAUCUCACAAAUCCAUUGUAGCGGGUGGUCAGCAUGUUGUCUUUUUCUGUUGAUGUAAAUUUUAGUAGGAAACAGUAUUUUGUAUGUGAUGUUUUUAGAACAAGCUGUUCUACACUGUCACAGUAAUUUGAACUGCAUUGAACAGUAUUAUCCCCUUCCAAUGUCUUCUUUAUUUUGAGAAUAAUAAACAAGCUAAACCAUUUAACCUCCAA